AUGGGUGAAGCAGAUUCAGUUUCAGCAUAUGAUAUGGUUGCAAGUUGGCUUAUAAGUCCUUCAUGUAUAUUCCUAGUCGUAAACCUUGUCAUCGGCACCAUUGUUAUAACCUCUCGUUUAGCAGCUCAGAGAAAAAAUCAAUCCGACUCGCCACAGCAAAUAGUCCCUCCAACAUCGUCGUUUUUUGAACGAGUGACGUCGUUUGGACUAGGUUGCUGUAAAUUCAAACCACCAGUAGCAUCGGUAGAAACUGAAAUCGAGCCAAUUCAAAAUCAAGGCCUGGGCCAACUCGAUCAGGCUAUUGCUUCCACAAAGGCGAUUGACGCAAGCCUUUGUAAAACAGAAAUGAAUCAAGGCAUGGAUGACUUGAUCCAGAAUCCGCUAACAAGAGCUCGGUCGCUCUUGGAACGGCUCAUGUCGGGGAAUUUUGGCCGGUUGAAGUCUGUAAAGGUGGAGGAGGAGAAGAAAGUUGGAUCAGAAAUGGAAGAGGAGGAGGUGGACGCAAAGGCAGAUGAUUUUAUAAAAAGGUUUAAGCAGCAACUUAGGUUGGAAAGGCUUGAUUCCAUUUUACGUUACAGGGAUAUACUUCAUAGACGGUCAUGA